AUCGAGUAUGAGUUCAAGCAGCAUGACGGCCAGCAAAGGGGAUCUUCGCGAGAGGAUACCUCAACCUGACAAGCCAACCAAUGCAAAGUCAACCGACGAUGCACAAAACACUGUCAAAUCGCUCAACGAAGAAGAAGCCGAUAAAGACGAGACCAAGAAGCGCACUUAUGGCAGAACGCCAGAGGGUAAAGACCCAGUUCGUAUCCCUAUACUCGCCAUCGUCUUCCUUUUCUGGCGUGCCGCAUACAAUGCCGGCAUUGGAUGGCUACUCAAUAUACAGUCCAACCACAAGCGCCUCACCUCAUGGGCUCGCAAGUACAAUGUUUUCGCAGACCCAAAAUCCGGCAAGAACCCGCGUCCAUGGCUCUACAAUCAGCUAAAACGUGAAAUGGAAACAAAAAUCGCUCGCGAUUACAAAUUCGAAGAGGCCCCACUCGAGUACAACACAUGGUUGGUUUUUCGAAGAGUCGUUGAUCUGAUCCUAAUGUCCGACUUUGUCGCUUACUGCUGCUUUGCCAUCGCUUGCGGCGGCCGUCCCGAUGGUGAGAACGUUGCAAUGACUCUUGCACGCUGGGUAUGUGGCUUGGCCCUCGUCGCUUUCAACCUCUGGGUCAAGCUAGAUGCUCAUAGAGUCGUCAAAGACUACGCAUGGUACUGGGGUGACUUCUUCUACCUCAUCGAUCAAGAGCUCACCUUCGACGGCGUCUUCGAGAUGGCUCCUCAUCCCAUGUACUCUGUCGGCUACGUUGGCUUCUACGGCAUUUCGUUGAUGGCCGCCAGCUACAAGGUGCUCUUCAUCUCCAUUGUUGCGCAUGCUGCUCAAUUUGCCUUUUUGACCAUUGUUGAGAAUCCGCAUAUCGAGAAGACAUACAACCCGCCUAUGCCUAAGAAAAGAAGAGAAUCCGAGAGCGACAGAGAANCCCCCAAAAGCGCCACACCCGAUUCUGGUCACAUCAACGGAUAUCCACCCAUAGCGACAACCGAGAAGCCUUCUUCAGUUCACAACAUUCUUGGCUUCCACAACAUGGAUCUUCAUCGUAUCACUGAUAUAUCCGUCUUGCUCAUGCAAUCUUACCUGUUUAGUGUCGCCUUCCUGACUCCAUCGACUGCUCUAUGGCAGACCGCUUUCGUCGUCAAUGCAGUGGCUUGGCGGCUUUGGUAUUCGCUCGGUAUCGGCUACAUCCUUGACCGUCAGUCAAACAAGAAGAAGUGGGCUCGCCACUUCGUCAAGUAUGGUGAGAGCACUGAAGAAGCCUGGAGACAGUGGAAGGGACUCUACCAUUUGAGCAUGAGUAUGUGCACUGCGAGCUUCUUGUGUGCAGCCCUGAAGAUGUACAACCUGCCUCCUGACUGGACAUAUGGUCUAGCUCUGCUUCGUCACGUACUUGGUAUGGCUUUGAUUGCUCUCCAGAUCUGGACGAGCUUCAGCAUCUACGAAUCUCUCGGCGAGUUUGGAUGGUUCUUUGGCGACUUCUUCUUCGAUCAUGCAUCCAAGCUCACCUACGGCGGCAUCUACAGGUUCCUCAAUAACCCUGAGCGAGUGCUUGGACUAGCUGGUCUUUGGGGUGUUGCAUUGAUCACAUGGAGCAAGACAAUUUUCUUCCUCGCUCUAUUAAGCCAUCUUCUUACUCUGGUCUUCAUCCAAUUUGUCGAGCGUCCGCAUAUGGAGAAGCUUUAUGGCCAAUCUCUGCGCCAGGACUCUGGACUAUCCAAGAGUCUCAGGCGUUCUUUACCCUCACCACUCAAACACUGGCAGGGUAGUGUCGACAGAGUGCUCGAAGACUCAAUGGACUUCCUCGAGGAAUUUAUUGAUUCAGCAAGACCCAAGCUCGCUUCUAGCAUGGAUACCUUCGUCAGAGAUACACGCACCCUCUUCAAGAACUACCCAGCUCGCAUCAGUAUAACACGUCUCGCACCCGAUCUUGCUGGCUUCGACCCUAAGGACUAUUCUCUCGAGAUCGAAGGCACUCCAGCCUCUGGAGUAUCUGAGUUCGAACGCUAUAGUGGGCGUGAGGGAGAGAUUGGCCAGGUUCCGCAACAGCGUGUUGAUCAGUACAAGACUCUUACGUUCGAAUACGGCGCCCCCAUCAAAGUCCGUUGGCAAGCUCCUGCAAACCAUCGCAAAAACGAUUGGAUCGGUCUGUACAUGGUUGCGGACAAUUCGUCGCGUGAUGUCACUCGUAUCGGAUCUCAAGGUCGUUGGACUGCCACCACCAAGGGUGUCUACGACUCUGUAACUGCCGAGACCGGCAUCCUCGUUUCUUCCCACCAGACCACCAAGGACGACAAGCAGUAUGCAACUGGCGAGAUGGAAUUCUCAGGCGAUAAACUGUGGUGGACCCACGGCGUCUUCGAGUUCCGCUACCACCACGAUGGAAAGCACAAUGUAAUGGCCACCUCUCUACCCUUCGAAAUUCGCAUCAGCAGAUUUGACGAAGACGAUGUUCAGUUUGAUAACAUCAACCUGGCACGUUCGGCCGUCGAGCAAGCUUUACUCCCUGUUGUACAAAACUGCUUCGAUCGCGACCCGGAGGUUGCGCCACGUACCGUUGACGACACGUUUGGCGAUGGACUGGAAAGAGAAGGCAGAUAUGCUAGACGUGUCGUCUUUGCUAUUCAUCAGAUGUUUGGUAUCGAAUUCGCUCCCGAAGUCGUCCUGGCUGACGGCAGUGUACAAAACCUGGCUUGGAGAAUCUGCAAUGCAAAGAAAGUGCUCGUAAGUGACAUUCUUCAUGCAACCAUAGUGACAACACUGACUUUUUCAUGCAGGNCGCCUUACAGCAUGACGCCUAGCCGUGGUCGUGUAACGCCCGCAGAAAUGAAGGCU